UAUCGGACAUACCACUGUGUGUACAUUGGGAGCGGGGAAUUCACAGGCCACCAUCCGAAGCUGAACUGAUGAACUGUUAAAUAUAUUAUCCAUCGCAGCAAAUGUCUACGUUACUGUCCUCCAGUCUUUCAUCGAGUCAGUUUGUCUUGACAAAUAGAUUAAGUUGAUACAUUCAUCUUAUACAUAUCCUACCUCAUCGAUGAAAAAUCCAACGGUAGAAUUAGCAAGUAUGGAGUCUCCAAGAGAAGAUUCGCCGGAAAAUAAUAAAGAAGUUACCCAAUCAAACGGCACAACGCCUACGGAAAGCACAUUUUUGUCAAGAAAUAGCAUCGAUACUUAUGGAGAUGAAGAAAAAAUUAUUAUACCAGAUGUAGUCGAGGGGAAAUUUAGCUUCAGAAAGCUAUGGGCUUUUACUGGUCCUGGAUUUUUAAUGUCCAUUGCUUACCUCGACCCUGGAAAUAUUGAGUCGGAUUUACAAGCUGGGGUUGCUGCGAACUACAGAUUAUUAUGGGUCUUAUUGAGUGCAACACUUCUCGGUCUCCUUAUGCAAAGGCUCAGUGCCAGGCUUGGCGUAGUAUCAGGCACACAUUUAGCAGAAAUGUGUUACAGACAAUAUAAAACUGCCCCUAGAUUUGCUUUAUGGAUUAUGGUAGAGAUCGCUAUCAUUGGUAGCGACAUGCAAGAAGUUAUAGGUACAGCGAUUGCCCUGUUUCUGCUGUCCGGUGGAGUAAUACAGUUAUGGGCCGGUGUUCUCAUUACCAUAGUGGAUACUUUUACGUUUCUGGUUUUGGACAAAUAUGGUCUUCGUAAAUUGGAAUUCUUUUUUGGAUUUCUAAUCACUAUAAUGGCUGUGACUUUUGGUUUCGAGUACGUUAUAUCCAAACCACCGCAAGGCGAAGUUUUGGCCGGUAUGUUUGUUCCUUGGUGCUCAGACUGUGGCGCUAAAGAAAUCAAGCAGGCUGUAGGGAUAAUUGGAGCUGUUAUAAUGCCGCACAAUCUUUAUCUCCACAGUGCUCUUGUUAAGUCCCGAAGAAUUGAUAGAAAAGUGCCGGCGGAAGUUAAAGAUGCCAAUAUGUACUAUUUCAUCGAAGCCAGCAUUGCACUGUUCGUUUCUUUUAUAAUAAACGUUUUCGUCAUCGCAGUGUUUGCACAUGGACUCUACAAUAAAACGAAUGCUGAUGUGCAUUCCGUGUGUCUGGCGCACAAUAAUACUUUGGGAAUUAAUACUUUUGAGAAUAACAACGAACUCGUCGAGGCAGAUCUCUACACCGGUGGGAUAUUUCUAGGUUGUCAAUUUGGCGCCAUUGCCAUGUACAUUUGGGCUGUAGGAAUUUUAGCUUCGGGUCAAUCUUCGACGAUGACUGGUACAUACGCAGGACAAUUUGCAAUGGAAGGAUUUUUGAACCUUCAAUGGGCCAGAUGGAAGCGAGUUUUAUUCACUCGUACAAUAGCUAUAAUUCCUACGUUCACGCUAGCUUUCGUUGCAAAUGUCAACGAUAUGAGUCAGAUGAAUGAAUAUCUAAACGCCAUUAUGAGCUUGCAGUUGCCAUUCGCGGUUUUACCCACGAUCGCAUUUACCAGUAACGUGCAAAUAAUGGGACAGUUCAAAAAUGGAUUAGGAAAUAAAAUCGCUGCCUCAACCCUUGCCGUUGUUGUGAUAGCUAUAAACAUUUAUUUCGUGAUCGUCACUGUCGAGGAACGAGUACCAAAACAUUGGGCAAUUUUACUGUUCAUUGCAAUAUUCGCAAUCCUCUAUAUACUAUUUUGUUUGUAUCUCGUCAUACACAUGGCUAUCAGCAUGGGUGCAACUGGACUGCUACAGUAUUCGUUUAUAAACAAGUACAUCGGCAGUUCUGCAAAUGUAAAUUUGGACUCCGUGACUCAGGUACCCUACACAACAACGUAAUAAAAUAUGAUAAAAAUUCUAAAAGAGCAAUCUCGGGAAAAGUCUCCGUCACUAUAUUUAUGUAAUAUUUCUUUACGCAAGCAGGUAUAUGUAAGUAUAAAUAGAAGAAUGAUUACGAUGUAAAUUAUGUUAAGGUCUAACGCGAAAAUUAACAGAGAGUUUUGAGAUGUAGAUACGUACGUAUAAAAGAAUAACUCAACGCUAAAAUACAAAUAGAAAAGAAAAUUUGAGUGAUUGUAUUUUGUAUAUAAAAAUACUUUUGGAAAAUUGUUGUUUUUUUUUUAUUUUUUAUUUUGACUAUUUCAAAAUAGUUUCAUCAUUUGGAUAAACACUUUGCAGUAUAUUUUAGAUAUUCAAAUUUAAAUUCUCAAAGUUCAUCUGGUUAGAAUUUUAAGGUGUAAAGAUCAAGUUACUUCGAAGUAAGCACGUUACUUCGACAUUUUAUUGUCAGUCAAUUGUAUAUACAUGAAAUAGUUUUAUGGAAAUAUAAUUUCUAAGAAGUA